GAAGAAAUCUUAAUGAGUGUCUGAGUGUCCUGUCUGCUGGGAGUUGUAGUCUUGGGAAGCUAAAGGAGGUUGAUUGGUGUGGGUAGAAACGACAUCGGAGCUGGGAAACUCAGGAGCGCCUGGGCCAAAUGGAUAAAUUAAAGCGGGUUCUCAGUGGGCAGGACGCGGAGGAUCCGGGACCUCUGGCGGAGAUAGCUGAUGCAUCUUCCUUAAGCUGGAGUACCAGACUGAAAGGUUUCAUAGCUUGUUUUAUAAUAGGAGCUGUGUGUUCUAUUCUGGGUACCUCCCUACUAUGGAUUCCCAGGAAAGGACCUGUCUUGUUUGGAGUAUUUUACACCCUGGGGAAUAUCUCAUCCAUUGGAAGUACCAUCUUUCUUAUGGGACCUGUGAAGCAAUUAAAAAGAAUGUUUGAACCCACUCGUUUGAUAGCUACAAUUAUUAUGCUUCUAUGCCUCAUAUUAACUCUGUGUGCAGCUUUCUGGUGGCAUAAUAAGGGGCUUACUAUCCUCUUCUGUAUUUUACAAUUCUUUGCCUUGGCAUGGUACAGCAUUUCCUACAUUCCAUUUGCAAGAGACGCUGUGAAAAAAUGUUUUGCUGCAUGCCUCACAUAACAGGCCAAGUUGGGUAUCUUCUUACACUGAGGACUAGAACACCUGCACAACCAAUGACUCUUGAAACAGCACACACCUGCCUAAGAACAAAGCAUUAAGUUGUUAAGUAAACUUGUGAAUCAGAGGACAAAGCUACCAAAUAUUAUUCUCCUGAGGAUAAUGAAUUUUAUGAAAAAUCUCAAGAUAAACUAUGCCUCAUUUUCACUGGCAAAACUAAUACUUAAUGUGUAGCACAAGAAUCUUUUCUUCAAAUGAUUUUAUUUUGGAAGUUACAUGGAUAUUCUGGUAAUUCUGAAGGAAAUGGGAUGAGAUUUUACUACUUUCUAUUAACAUGUUUGAUUUAAAAAGUCCAAAGAACAGGUUAUGUAUUGGAAAACACUAGCUAAGCAUGUAGUGCAUUUUCUGGGGCUCUCCAUAAAGUUCUUUUAGUUUCAUGCUAUCAAGAGACCAUUUCUAAAUGUCCUGAGUCCUUUAUCUUCUAAAAUUCAUGAUUGCAAAUUUUAUGAGGGAACUUAGUGGAGUUAAUUUGUUGUCUCAUAACAGGAUAGCAAGUAUAAUUCCUCACUCUAAGUUACAUGAAUCAUUGUCUGACAAGCAACAGAAUCUGUAGUUAGCAGAGAAAAGUAGGAGCCAUAAAAAUAGAUAAGAACCCUUCCAUUUCUACAAGCAUUUCUAUUCAUGGCCUUUUACACAUGUUGCCUUGACAUAAAAUGACAUCAAGACUUCUGCCUUUAUUGCUAGCUAACUUCUUCUCUGUAGUGCCUCUCCCACCAUCUUCAUGUUGGCCAAAUAUGACAAAAGUGGACCAUAAUCUAAGUGGGGAGACAAACAUCUCAGAUUUUGAAUGCCCUCUUUUCCCAUCUUAUCUUUCAAUAUUUUAUUCCUGUUGCAUUAUUUAUCACUGUGGUAACUCAUUAAAGAGGAUCAUAUUAUGUUUCAUGUUCUGGUUUCCCAGUAGAACAGUAUACUAAGAUUAUUUAAACUAGCAGACACUGGCAUAUUGGCAAUUUUUGCUGCAUUCCUUUUGUCCCAUUUAUGCAUUGGCAUAUUCCUUGGUUCUGUCUCAUAAGAAGGAAAGUUAGUGUGUGUGCAUGUUAAGAGUUAUUUGAGAGUAUUUGCAAUCGGUUUAUCUUGAUGAUGUACUAUGCUUAUUUAAAAAAAAAAAUCACCAAUUUUGCCUUUGGUGAAAUUCAUGAGGAUUUCAAUGAGGAGUACCCACAUUAAUUCUAAUUUUGUACACAAUGGAACCAAUGUUUGUAACUGUCUAAUUAGCUAAGUAUAACUUCUUUGAUAAAUAUUGUUGGCUGUUUUACUCUAAAGAUCUUGGAAGGUUAAUUGUAUCGUGCUGCCUUACCAAGCAAGCAUAUUUGGAGAUCUGCAAGCUUGACAUUCAUGGAAGAAUUCAUUUUUAUUGUAACUCUCUUUUGUAUUUCGCUGAUAGUGAGUAUACACUGGUUAUAAAUGAAUAGAGAGAAGACAGUUUUAAGUAAUGUAUUAAAAUUAGGUGUACAAGGCCUCUGUCUUAAGGAUUGAAUAUGUAAAUGCUCCAUAUGUGAUUUUUUCCUAUAUCUGCUGUCUGUGGGAGCAUUUAAAAUUAUCAAUGCUUUAAAUAUGCAACUGCCCAGAUCUGUACAUUAUAAAUUUUGAAUAUAUUGUAUAGAUGUAUAAGUGUGUAUAUUUAAUAUCCUGUUUUUAUAGUGAGCCAAUGUAUAGGUAUUAGUGAUAGUGGUAAUUGCAAACUCCCUUAUGGUAGAUUGUUGUGGCACAAAAGGACUCUUAAAAUACGAAAGUCAGAAUUUCACUUGAUGGUGCCUCUUCCUGAUGCAUUAUUGCAGCACUGAAAAAGAUUGGGGACAACAUUUUAAAAGAUACAAGUUCCUUACUUGUUUCAGAGGUAAAUUGUUAUGGUGGACAGGAGAACUCUAAGCUUCAUAUAUUCCUGUCUUGGCUUUUAGCGUUACUUGAAUAUAAAGUGGUGAGAAAUUAUGUGUAAACUUGAGGGGUUUGGUGAAGCUUGCUUUAUUUUUUUUUCCUUGAGGAUUUCCUAACUAUGUAAAUCCUUUCUUUUGAAUACCAGCUGAGAUCAUAUUACCGUUUUCUCUAUUAAUGUCUUCAGAGAGUUGAACUUAACAUAACAGCUGCUUCUGAUGUGCAUUGCAUCUUACAUUUAUUUCUGUUACCUUUGAGUAACAGAAGGGUAGUAAUAGAAGUGCUGGAAAAUGCAGAUAUCCACAUCGAGAAAUUCAUAAUUUCAUACCAGCUAUUGGAUUGGAUCCCACUGGGUCAUACAGUUAUCAAUUUCUGCCUUUAUAUCUUGCUGCUCCAUGUUAGCUUUCCCUAACUUGAUGCUCUCCAAGUAGAAAUGAAAUCCCCUAACUUCCUAAUCAGCAUGAAGUCCUCGUGGAAUCAUCAAAUUGGGAAACACUGCUUAAGAAUGCUGUGGUAGCAAAUGAAGAAGAAAGCCCUUUAAGUAUAUUUUGCUAGGCUUUUUAAGUCUUUGUAGAAAUAAACUUCUGUCCGAUAUGUCUGUCUGAAGUAGUAGGUUUAGUUUAGGGAGAGAAUAAGAGAAUUCUCUCAAAUACCAGUUGCAAUAAUGUCCUUGCUUACAGAAUGUGAACCUGUUAGGCCAAUAGUAAGAUCUUGCACUUUAAGACAAAGAAACCCCAAAUGCUCUGUCUUGCCUAAUUCUUAAAUUAUUAUAGUACAUAUUCAAUAGUAAUUGAACCCUUAAAUUCGAUUUGAGUAACUUCCAAUUUUUGACCUGGCUGAAUUCUUAUUAGGUAUAUUUUAAAAUAUGUUUAAUAUAAUGUUAUUAGAGGUAUUGAAUGUCUGUGAUAAAAUAAUCUUUGAGUUAUUUCUUUCCCCUGAAAUAUAAAGCUGUGCUAAAUAUGCAUUAAGGGAGCAGGGCACUGCUACCUUGAUAUGGUUGUAUCACCUAAGUUCUCAGUAACUUUGUCUCUGAGCCAAUGUUCAGCCUUUAUGUUCUUGCAAACAUAGAAUAAGAUUGUUUUCUGUUUUACCCCAUCCCUUCAUAUUGUCAGUUGUUAAAUCACUUAUCUUUGUGCAUUAUUACUGUACUCUUAUCACAAACUCUGCCUUAAUUGCAAAUAUGCUAGUAUUUCAACCACUAAACGUAAUGUGAUGUGUUUGAGAUAUAUCUUUGAGGGGGCAUGGGAAGUGAAGUGCCUACCUCUGCAGUGUGACCCAAUCAUGCUAGCAGGGAUUUCCAUAAUAAGUAGAGUUAUGCAAAGCAUUCAAAAGAGAUGCUUUUGAAGAGUACACAGUGCACAUGAAGCACCCCUCUUCAAACUACUAAAACACUUAUAUUUUGUGCAGAGUUCAAAGACAGAGCUUCAAAAUCUGUCUUUCGCUGAACUGGUUUUGGAGCAGCCACAUGAGGCUUGUAAAAGACACAGCUACUUUAAUAAGAGAGAAGAGCUUUCUUUGUGUAAAGGCAGAAAGAAAGUACCUCUGCUGAGUGCUUUGCAGAACCCUCGUAAUAAGCUAUCGAUUCUUCAGUUUGGAAAAAAACAUUCCAUUUUUGUACACUGGCUUUUGUAACUUUUUCUGUGUGCUGGAAGUUUUGUCUGCCUUAGAAGAAAUUAUCUUUUGAAAGGAAUUCUUUUUCAGCACUCUGUCUUCUGUAAUAAAACUGUUUUCACAA